AUGAGGACCGUUUGUAAUUGGGAUGCACUCGCCGCGGUGGUCUGUGGGGGCUCCCAAGCCCAAUCGUUCACUUGGGGUGAACUGAUCAAUGGCGGAUAUAACGUUGUUCGUUUCCUCAAGAUCGACGAUGGGAUGGAUACAGAGGUGGUGGUCCGAGUGCCAUAUCAACCCCUGGGACUGACUGACGUCGCCGCCGAAACACUGGGCCAUCGAACCGCCAGCGAGGUGGCCAGCAUGCAGUACGUUUUACUUCACACCCGCAUCCCAGUCCCUCGGGUGAUUGCUCACAACACCGAGAGAGAUGGGGGAGGGGUUGGAUGUCCCUAUAUGGUAAUGUCCAAAGUAGAGGGAAUACCCCUCGUCAAGGUAUGGAAUGACAUGGACGACACCAAGCGCGAGGUUAUUCUGCGACAGGUUGUUGAAAUACUACUCCAACUUUCUUCACUGCGAUUUGACAGCAUCGGCGCUCUGUUCAAAAGAGACACACCGAGCGGACCGGAGUGGUACAUCGCGCCUUCUGCAAAGACCCUUAGCGACGAGGUGUUCACGUAUUCUCCAGAAGGCAUGGCGAGAACAUUCACGGACGCCUUUGACUACUGGAUCGCCUAUGCCAGCAGAAAUAUGCAACGACUCGACGCGAAGCAUUUUGGGUGCAUGAAAUCGUUGAGUUACUCUUUGGCUUGGCUCCAUCGUUCCCUCAUCCCUUCCAUUUACGACACCUCUCUCGAUGUCAAGGGAUUCCCGCUGAUUCAUGGCGACUUUCAUUCGCAAAACAUCAUGUACCCAUUCUUUAUCAUCGACCACCCCCUCUGGGAAGACGACCAUCCCUUGAAGCCACGAAACGUGCGCGACCAGGCCACUUUUGUCCGGCUGAUGCGCGAAGCGGAAGGCAAGAUUGACGCGGAAGGACCGCUUCCCCUCUCGCGCGCUUUCGAGACAUGCCAGGGAGUGUAUCUCCUCGAACAGUCCGUUGUGGACCCUUUUUUCAUCGGUCCGCAGCUUCAUACCCCCCUUUUCAAGCACUUCUUUAGGAAAACAGACUCCGAAGCAGCAUACAGCUACUCCUUCGACCUGGAAUCCUGA